UAGAUUAAACAUUUCCAAAUGGCUGCUGCCAAGAACCACAUCAAAAUCCAUGAACAAUGUAAAGUGUCUCCUAAUUCUGCAAACCAAUUGUCUCUUCCUCUCACUUUCUUAGACUUGAAUUGGCUAAGAUUUCACCCAGUUGAACGUAUCUUCUUCUACACCCUUCCAAAUUCACAAUCAUACCCUACUUUCUUCUUUCAAAACCUUGUUCCAAGACUCAAAUCUUCACUCUCUUUAGCCCUCCAACACUUUCUCCCUAUAGCAGGUAAGAUUGUUUGGCCUUCUGAUUCUCCAAAACCAAUCAUCCAGUUCAAUCCAAAUAAUGAUGGAGUUUCGUUGGUCUUAGCACAAUAUGAUGACGAUGUAGUUUCCUUCGAUAAAAUUGUGGAGCACAAAUCACCACAAGAAGCUUCUUUGUCUCGUUUGUUUGUACCUCACUUAGAAUCAACGGAUUCUUUUGCUUCUAUCAUUUCAAUUCAGAUAACUCUUUUUCCGAAAAGUGGGUUUUCUAUUGGAAUAAGCACACACCAUGCUGUUCUUGAUGGAAAAUCUUCAACCAUGUUCAUCAAAGCGUGGUCUUCUAUAUGUAAAUCUUUUGAAGAAGAAACACAAUCAUCAAAUUUAGAGCCUUUUUUGAAACCAUUUUUGAGUAGGGAAGUAAUCAAUGAUCCAAAUGGUUUUGAGAGUGUGAUCAUAGAUAGUUGGAACAGAAUCUCAACACAUUUUGAUGAGUGCAACGUGAGAAGCUUAAAGAUUAUGUCAAAUUUUUUUGAACCAAAAGUUAAGGAUUCCCUUCGAGUCGCCUUCGAGCUCACACGUGAAGAUUUGGAGAAAUUAAACAAAAGCGUGUUGUCCAAAUGGAACAAUAUUGAAGAAGGAUCACAAGAACAAGAACAACCUAAGAAAUUGUCAACUUUUGUUCUUACAUGUGCUUAUGUUUCCGUUUGCAUAGCAAAAGCAAAACAACAAUAUGAAAGCAAUCAAAAACAAAAAUUUUGUUUUGGUUUUGCUGUGGAUAUCAGAUCAAGAUUAGAUCCACCAAUUCCCGAAAACUAUUUCGGAAAUUGUGUAACUAAUCAAUUAAUUGAUACCGAGCCAGAAGACUUUACAAAGGAAGAUGGAGUUGUGAUUGUUGCAAAGAAAAUUUAUAGUAAAAUUAUAAACAUGGAUAAGGGUUUUCUUGAUGGAAUAGACACAUUGUUGUCUAGAUAUAUGGAUAUUGUUAGUGAAGGAAUUCAAGGAAUAGGAGUUGCAGGGUCAACAAGGUUUGGAGUAUAUGAGAUUGAUUUUGGUUUUGGAAGGCCUGCAAAAGUGGAGACAACUUCAGUUGAUAGAGGAAUAACAAUUGGAUUAACAGAAAGUAGAGAUUUGAAAGGUGGUGUGGAAUUUGGGCUUGUUCUUGAUAAGCAUGUGAUGGGUUUUUUCAAUACCAUUUUUCAUGAAGGAUUAUGCUUGGAUUGAUGAGGUUACUAUAGUUGGAUAUUGAAUAUGGAAUGAUGAUGGAUGAAUGAGUUUUUACAAUUUACCUUUCUUAAUCAAUAAAUGUUAUUUUUUUU